AUGAGUGUUACUUGUCAAGUUAACCAACUCAUUACUGACAUCAAUCACGUUACUGACGCUUCAAUAAGAAAAAUUCUUUUAGAAAUUGUAAGUAUUCUUAACCAGCUUGUUAAUGCUUCGACCAACAAAAUAACAAAGCAAGUCAACUUUAUCUAUCCCAAUAAUGAUAUAGAAAAAGGAAUUGCAAAAAUGGAGGAAUGGAAUAAUUGUAAAGCAACAAUCAUUUAUGAUACUGAGACAAGUCAAUGUAAUAUAAAAGAAGUAUUAAGAAAAGAAGAAAACAAAUGGGGAAUUAUUUGUGUUGAUGAAAAGGAAAGGAUAUUUGGAUGUUCAAAAUAUCUAUCUAAUCAAUAUUUAUGGGUGAAUUAUUCAAUUGGUAGUUAUGAAUGUUUACAACCAAUUAAUAAUGAAGAAUAUAUGAUUUCUAUUUGUGAUAAUGAAGAAAUGAUUUUAAGUAUUGGAACUGGGUGUUGUAAAUUAAUUAUUGGAAAAGAAGGAACAAAAAACAGUUAUUCCUACUUUUUGAAUUAUCUUUUUCCAAAUUCAUUCUUUACUGAUAUGCAAAAAUUUAUUGUUAAACGAAUUGUAGUUAUAAGACUGAAUUGA